AUGUCCCCUCCAACCCACACAACAACCACCUCCAACCUCACCCUCACCGACGGCCACACCCUCUACACCAAAACCUGGUCCCCCACCACCCCGCACACAGCCACCCUAAUCUUCAUCCACGGCUUCAGCGACCACUGCAACUUCUACGGCAUCCUCUUCCCGACCCUCGCCGCCCAGCAUGCCAUCAAAACCUACUCCUUCGACCAGCGCGGCUGGGGCCGUAGCGUGCACGCCCCGAAAGAGAAGGGCCUGACAGGCGGCACGGCAAGGGUAAUGAGCGACAUGACCGAGUUCAUCCGCCACGUCUUCGCACAAGAGGAGGUCGACGGGCGGAAAGACGUCCCAGUCUUCCUGAUGGGCCACUCGAUGGGCGGCGCGGAGGUUCUCUGCUACCUCGCGACGGGGCCGCGGGAGGUGCUCAGCAGAAUACGGGGGUUUCUUUGCGAGAGCCCCUUCGUGGCGUUGCAUGAGUCCUCGCGGCCGAGUAGGCUUACGGUGGCGUUGGGGCGGUUGGCGGGGAGGGUGUUGCCGAGUCGACAGAUGGUGAAUCAGCUGGAGCCGGGGAAGUUGUGUCGGGAUGAGGAGGUCGUGCGGGCGUAUGAGGCGGAUGAGCUGUGUCAUGAUACGGGGACGCUGGAGGGGUUGGCGGGGAUGCUGGAUCGUGCUUCUGAUCUCGAGAACGAUAAAGUCGUUGUGAGGGAUGGGGUUGGGGAGGGAGGGAAGACGAGGUUGUGGGUUGGAUUUGGGACCGGGGAUCAGAUUCUUAGUGAGAGGGUUUGUCGAGAGUGGUUUGGGAGGGUGGAGGUGGAGGAUAAGGAGUUUAGGGUUUAUGAGGGGUGGUAUCAUAAGUUGCAUGCGGAGCCCGGGGAGGAUAAGGUUACUUUUGCGGGGGAUGUGGGGAGGUGGAUGUUGGGGAGGUGUGGGAGUUUGGAGGAGGGUGCGGGAGGAGGGAGUGCGAAGGCGAAGUUGUGA